CCCAUAGGUAGCGUCGCGGCAUCAUCCAUUACAGUUGUAUUUUGGCGGUUUAAUAGUUGCACGCGACACGCGGUGAACGGCGGUGAAGAGGUCGCGCAAGUAUAACAUCGUAAUUCCUGCUUCGUGUGGUCGCAACUCGUGAGAAAGGAGAAGAGUGCUAAGUGAAGUGGAAAAAAGAGGGUGGAAUGGAAUUGCAUACGCCAGAACGUGAAUCGCGAUCCUUGGCGGAAGCGUUACCCUGUAGUCCACCGAUGAGUGACACGAUGCUUUACCCUUGGAAUUGGAGUGAAGAAGCGAGAAACGUUAAUCUUAGCCCGGGUAGCUCAUGCUCGUCACCGGAGUAUAGGGAAAACAACGUGGUUCCAGCCAGAGCCGGUUCCAGAUCCCGUUCUGGGGUAUCUGAGAGUCAUCGACGUGGUAGACCGAGAGCGGAUGCUCUUUCAAAUCUUAUGAAGCAAGGAAGCACAUCGCCCAGUAGCAUUAAAUGUACCUAUUGCAGUCGUGUUUUUCCACGAGAAAAGAGUUUACAAGCACAUUUACGCACGCACACGGGGGAACGUCCAUAUCCAUGUGAUUAUCCUGGUUGUACAAAAGCAUUUACUCAAUCAGGACAAUUAAAAACUCAUCAACGUUUACAUACAGGAGAGAAACCAUUUUUAUGUACUGAACCUGGAUGUGAAAUGAGAUUUACGCAUGCAAAUAGGCAUUGUCCUGAACAUCCUUAUGCUACUUUAACUAGAUCUGAUGAUUUUGUAUUGAAACCUGUUUCGGAAAACACUGAAUUAUCUCAUGAUGUAACACGAUGGUUAGAGCGUUAUAAAAUGUCUAGAGAAAGAGAAGAUAGAACGCCAACUGGGAAGAAUGAACGUAAGAAAAAAACAUGGAAAAGUACAGCAGAAAAUCAUAAGAGAGUUAAAUCUAGAAAAGGUUUGAUGAUGGAUGCAGCUGGUGAACAGGAGAAUUUAAAUUGUAAGUUACAAAAUCAGAGAUUUUAUUGUGGAGAAAGUCAGGACAGUCAAGAAGAAAGUCAAGAUGAAGAUCCAACAGAAGCAUGCACAGUUUUACAAACAUCAGAGGACGAAGAUCUGUCUACUUUAAAACUAGCUAUUUCUCCAUUAAGGCGCCCAUUGGAUAGACUUCAACCAAAAAAACGAUGGUUAAGAGAAGCUUGCUUGGAACAGCAAUUAGCAAAACCAUUAAAUUGGGAUGCUAAAGUCAAUAGUAUGUCGACAACUUGUAAAACCAAUGAAAAAUCAAAUACAUAUGAACUAUCAACUCCGUGCUCUAAUUUACAAUGGAGUAUAUCAGAUAGUUCUUAUUCAGCUGCAUCAAAUGAAACAACGGUGAAAAAAUUAGAGACAGAACACAAUACUGUUUCUUAUAGCUCCAAUCAAGCAGAUUGGAAUAUACAAACUUGUAAAGAAUCUUCCAAAAUAAUAAUACCACAGGAAAUAAAAGAAGCUACAAAUGUAACAGACACGGCAACAGAAACAAUUUGGGAUUCUUUGCAGGAUAGUAAUACUUCUCUGCAAUCUAAUCUAAAACCUCUUGAGACCACUAUUGUCCAGGAAAUAAGAAAUAUAAAUACUGAAGUAACUACUGAAUAUUGGGAUGUGGGUGGUAACAGUGAUAUAUCUGAUACAAUAUUAGUUCAGAGACCUCCAUUAAACACAAAAAUCAUUCGGAAUGAAAUAUCAUUGGAAGAUACUUUAGUAAACUCUUACAAUAUACAAAAUGAAACAAGACCAACAGUUUUGAUGCUGGCUGGAAGCUCUGGUAGUAAUCUUACUGUGAAAGAAGUCAACUCAAAAGCAGCUUUAAUUGAUGCAAGUAAAAAAGAUGUUAAAGUAGUUAUAAAACAAGAAGAUAGUGUAACUAAAUUACCAUUACCAGAAGACAAUAAAAAAUGGCUUGGUGCUUUAGCUUUAAUGGAAUUAGCUAAAACCCAAGAAGAAACUGCUAAAGUUUUAGAUAUAAAAGUAGAAAAAGACGAUCAGUUUAUACAUCCUACAUUAAAUUAUAACCAUUUGUAGACUGUGAUUACCUGCUAUUACUACAUAAUGUUCAUUAAGGUUGUUUGUAUAGCAACAAAAAUGGUAAAUAAAAGCAUUACUACAGGCA